CCAGAAGCCCAAAUCAUCCCCAACACUCACAACAAUGGCUGACGCCCAAUUCGACAGUGCGCUGGACCUCCUCCGGCGUCUCAAUCCCCGCGACACAAAGCGCAACCUUCAGGCAAUUGCUAGUGUCGUCCCCGAUCUCACCGAAGACCUUCUCUCCUCCGUCGACCAGCCCCUGGAGGUUCGCCGUUGUCCGAAGACCAAGCGCGACUACCUGCUCUGCGACUACAACCGAGACGGUGACAGCUACCGAUCGCCCUGGAGCAAUGAAUUUGAUCCGCCGCUUGAUGAUGGAACCGUGCCCAGUGAGCGGGUGAGGAAGCUCGAGGUUGCGGCCAACGAGGCGUUUGAUGUCUACCGUGAUCUGUACUAUGAGGGCGGUGUUGGGAGUGUUUACUUCUGGGAUUUGGAUGAUGGGUUUGCGGGUGUUAUCCUUUUGAAGAAGGGGGUUACGCCGGGUGCGAAGAGCUCCGGAGAAUGGGACAGUAUCCACGUUUUCGAAGCCACCGAUCGGGCACGCAUGUCCCACUAUAAACUCACCAGCACCGUCAUCCUCCAUUUGUCGAACGGAAACGAGACCUUGGGUGAGAUGGACCUCAGCGGCAACAUGACCCGUCAAGUGGAGGUGGACUUGCCUGUUGAGUCAGAUGCAAGUCACGUUGCCAACGUUGGUAGACUAGUUGAGGAUAUGGAAUUGAAGAUGAGGAACUUGUUGCAGGAGGUCUACUUUGGAAAGGCCAAGGACGUGGUGGGAGAACUCCGGAGUCUUGCUCCUCUGUCCGAGACAAACAGGGACAGGGCUGCUCAACUGGAAAUGAUCAAGUCCUUGCAGAGGUAGUCUGUCUGUUGACACAUUGAGCUGUUUUCGCGUCUCCUUUUUCAAGCGUAAUUUCAAGAUAUGUAGCUUGUGUUCAAAGGUUCCUGGUGAUCCAAGUUGUUUUGUUCCUAGUACAUAAAUUGAAUUUUAUUGUAGCUAUAUUGCUGUGCCAUUUCACGGACAGAUGCGUUUCUAUUUGGUUUAAAACAAAAGGG